CCAAACCCGAACCUGUUUCCAAUAAUAUUUGUAAUUGGAAAGGAAAAAAGAGAAAAAUCUUACCUAACCAGUUUUACGAUUCCCGCUUUACCCUCUUGACUUUCUUCCCCGUUUUUCUCUUCAACCAAACAGAAGCGGAAACAAUCUCUUUCAAAGUGUAGAAGAAGGUGAAAUUAGCUUUUAAAAGAUGGCUGAAGAAAGGAGAGUUCAUCCAGAUUGUAUAAAUGCAUCUAAUCCUUACCAUGAGUGCGUUGAAUAUUGCUUUAGAAAAAUUGCUGAAGCUAAGGUGCGAACAGGAAAAUUAGAAGAAGUCAUGCAAGAAAUACUACAAGAUAAGAAGGCAAGUGGUCAGUCCACUGCACUUGCUUCUGAGCAAGAUGAGGUGCAGCAUGAUCAAAGACCAGAUUUUGGUGAAGAUUCAGAUGAUGACAGCAAUCCUGCAGUCCAGGAUAACGUGGAAGAUGUAACAAAACUUACUGGGAGGCAGAAAAAAUUGUUUGAGUUGAGACUUAAGAUGAAUGAGGCAAGAAAAGCCAAUCAAACAGCAAUGGUAGCUGAAAAGAAAAAAAUGGAAGCCCCACAAGAAUCAAGGGGUAUUUCUAAACAAAAGUGGCUUGAGGAGAGGAAGAAAAAAAUCGGUAAACUUUUAGAUGCAAAUGGUUUGGAUAUGACAAAGGCAUAUAUGUUGGAUACACAAGAGGCAGCUGAGGUGAAAUAUAAGAAAUGGGAAAAGGGUCCUGCUCCAUUUGGUUGGGAUGUGUUCAAUCAGAAGACACUAUAUAAUGCAUAUAAAAAGCGAACAAUGAACAUUGAGGUCGACUUAGAAGAAUAUAACAAAAUGAAAGAAUCUGAUCCUGAGUUCUAUCGUGAAGCCUCAAGUCUCCAAUAUGGGAAGGCACCAAAGAUCUCUGAGGAGAAGGUUGACAGGAUGGUAAAAGAACUUAAGGAUCGGGAAGAGAAGCGCAACUCAUUUAGUCGAAGGAGGAAGUUCCGCGAAGAGAAGGAUAUUGAUUCAAUCAAUGACCGUAAUGAACAUUUCAACAAGAAGAUUGAACGAGCUUUUGGUAAAUACACACUGGAGAUUAAGAAUAAUCUUGAGCGAGGAACUGCUUUGCCCGACUAAGAUGCUUGUUUAUAAAUUUGAGGGGUGGAAAUCUGAAGUAAACUAUCUCGGCUAAAGUGUAUCAGCGCAGCAUUAAUCAAACUUCACUACUGGAUGCAAAAUGUUAUCUAUUUGGUUGUCAUUUGACAACUUUUAAAGUGAAAGAUAUUCCUCUUGCGGUUAUAAACCACAAGAGCAACUGAAUUCUAGUGGUUUGACAUUGGCUUUGUAUGUUUAGAAAGAGCUUUUACCUGUCAGUGCUCAUUCAGUCAAAACAUAACCUAUGUAAAAAGAUAUAGCUUUUGUCCAAUUUGGAAGAAGAGUGGAGUUUCUUAUUA